AUGUCGCCGGGUGUGACAACGGCUUUAGUCGGCCACUCGGGUUGCGGAAAAACCAGCCUGUUCAGCCUGCUUCAGCGAUUCUAUACUAUUGGAGGGACAGAUCCCAAUCGAGGCAUCUUUAUUGGUGAUAUGCCACUGGAGCGCUUGGCCCCGAGUUGGCUGAGACGUCAGAUUGGCAUGGUCGACCAGGAACCACAUUUAUUUGACGUCACGCUUCGAGAGAACAUUGCUUACGGAGACAACGAACGCGAAAUCCCAAUGGAAGAGAUCAUGGACGCGGCUCGACGGGCUGGUAUUCAUGACUUCAUAGCAAACCUUCCAAAUAGUUAUGAGACUACUGCAGGUCCGCAUGGCAGUGAAUUGUCUGGUGGUGAGAAACAACGCAUAGCCAUCGCGCGCGCCCUAAUCCGGCAUCCAAACCUAUUUCUGCUCGAUGAAGCCACUUCGGCUCUAGACACGCAGACUGAGCUUCAAGUGCAGACCGGAUUGAACGGCGCUAUGCGGGCCAAAACCGCUCUGAUCAGUGCACACCGUUUAACCGCUAUUAGUGGUGCAGAAACAGUAGUCGUCUUGGCUGAUGGUCUCAAACUGGAAUCGGGUAAACCGGAUGAAUUGAUGCAGCUCCAUGGCGCAUACUACGCCCUGUAUUAUGCUCAAACCGAUGCAUCUUAG